CCUGUGGCAGCAGCAGCAGCAGCAUUCUUGGUCCAUGACAGUGAAACAGCAAGUGGUUGGUGUCCAUCAUUCUGUGGGAUUCUUAUGGAAGAUUCAACAUACUUGUUCAACUAUCGGAUGCCAAGAGAUUAUUAUGAGGAAACCAUUAGAGACUGUGGACCCUGUGAGGAAUCUGGAGUGUGUUGUUCCUGUCAGGUUUAAGUUGAGUGGGCUUGUCACCAUGCCCAGCGCUCCAUAGACUUGAGACCUUUGGACCCUGACCAGCCCAUCAACCAUGGUUCCCAUGUUCCCCAGCCCCAAACUGGGGUCAGAUUCCACCCCUCUGGAGCGGAACUGCAAACGCCACAGAGUGCAGCAUGUCAGGAGGAAACUGCGUCCUUCGCGGAUAUUUGGUUUUAUUGUUAGCAUCUCUGCCCUCUCACUGUUCCUGUCUUGGAGUGCCUUCACUUUUACAUUGGGCCCAUUCUCAAGAUGGAUGCCACUCACCUUACUCACCAACCAUGAGGAACUAGAAGAGCCAGUGCCACCUAGAACUGUCCUUUCUUUUGAGGAAGAGCACAAUGUUUUGGCGGAUGUGCCCAUUGCCAUGGCGUCAUCUGGUGAGCAACAUCAAGGGGAUUAUCCUGAGGAUCUUUUCACACUGGAGGAAAGAAGGCAAGGGGCUGUGGUGCUGCAUAUGUUUGGCAUGAUCUACAUGUUCAUUGCCCUCGCCAUCGUAUGUGACGAGUUCUUUGUCCCUGCGCUCACUGUUAUCACAGAAAGACUUGAGAUCUCCGAUGAUGUGGCUGGUGCCACCUUCAUGGCCGCUGGAGGUUCAGCUCCUGAGCUCUUCACUUCUGUGAUCGGUGUAUUCGUCUCGCACAGCAACGUGGGUAUUGGAACCAUUGUGGGUUCUGCUGUCUUCAAUAUCUUGUUUGUGAUCGGGAUGUGUGCUCUGUUUUCACGUGAGAUUCUGAACCUCACCUGGUGGCCUCUAUUUAGAGAUGUCUCCUUUUAUAUUAUUGGACUAAUUAUGCUAAUCGUCUUCUUCCUGGAUAACUACAUUACCUAUGUUGAGAGCAUUUCACUGCUGCUCUGCUACGCUACCUAUGUCACGUUUAUGAAGUUCAAUGUGACUGUAGAGACUUUUAUCAAAAGCAAACUAAACAUGAACCAAGUGGACGACACUGAAACUCCACCUAAGGUUAACAGUACAGGAGAUGAUGAGAAUAAACUUUCAACUAAACAUCGCCUCCAGAGAGGAGGAAGCUCCGCAUCUCUACACAAUAGUCUAAUGAGAAACAGCAUCUUCCAGCUAAUGAUCCACACACUUGACCCUCUCAGUGAAGGUAAUGUGCCAAUUCAAAUUGUAUCACACACACACACACACACACACACACACAUGACAGACUCCCUUUGUAUGUAUGCUCCAGGGAAGUUUAAGGAGAAGGCAUCUAUUCUACACAAGAUUGCAAGAAAGAAGGGGGAAGAUGAUACAAAUGGUGUUGUAGAUAAGAACCUUGCCAACUGCUCUAAUGUGGAGGUGGAGGUCACUCCGCCCAUGAAUGGCAACGCUGGACCUGAGGCAGAGGAGGAGGAGGAUGAUGAAGACCAGCCUCUGAGCUUGGCAUGGCCAGAGACGGCAAGGAAGCAAGCUACAUACCUCUUAAUAUUCCCCAUCGUCUUUCCAUUGUGGCUGACACUGCCAGAUGUCCGCAGAGAUACUUCAAAGAAGUUCUUUCCCAUUACAUUUUUGGGAUCUAUUAGUUGGAUUGCUGUUUUCUCCUACCUGAUGGUGUGGUGGGCUCAUCAGGUUGGAGAGACUAUUGGAAUCACGGAGGAGAUCAUGGGUCUGACCAUUCUAGCAGCUGGUACCUCCAUUCCAGAUCUCAUCACCAGUGUUAUUGUUGCACGGAAGGGUCUGGGAGACAUGGCCGUGUCCAGCUCAGUUGGGUCCAACAUAUUCGACAUUACUGUGGGCCUGCCAUUUCCAUGGUUAAUGUUUUCAAUGAUCAACCACAUGAUUCCAGUAACAGUGAGCAGCAAUGGUCUGUUCUGCGCCAUCGUACUGCUCUUUCUUAUGCUGCUCUUCGUCAUUAUCUCCAUUGCUGUAUGUAAGUGGAGAAUGAGCAAGUUCCUGGGUUUGCUCAUGUUCAUCCUGUACUUUGUCUUCUUGGUGGUCAGCGUAAUGCUGGAGGACAAGAUCAUCGUCUGCCCAGUCUCCAUCUAAUUCCUUUUCCUUUAUGUCCUUUUCCUUAUCUUGGGUCACAGUCCGUUCCUUCUCAUUUACAGCUCAGGGCGUUCUUACUAUAAUAUGGAAACUUGGAUAUGGCAAUGUGUCCACAUAUCCACUGAAGUCUGAGUAGCAUUUUCUGUAGCAAUAUUAUACAUGCAUUCUCAAAGGCAGUACAUAGAGACUUGAUGUACUGUAGAUUUAACCAUUUUUUAAUAUGCUGCAUACGGAGGCUGGACUUGAACAGAGGGACUUUAAGACCUACAUCCAAGGAGGAGACAGACAUUUAUGGAGAAUGUCUAUAGGCUCAGGAAGACCUAUGGUGCAAAUAUGUAAUAAAAUAAAUAAAUACCAACAUGUACAACAAAAGAACAAAAUCCUGGUACUAUACUGGAUCCUGGUACUGCACUUUGAAGCUCAUGAUAUUAAAAGCCUUGUAUUGAUCAAUAACUGUCAAAGAAACUAAGAAAGCUAAAAAGCUCCAUAUUUGCUUUGUCUGAACAUUGGUCCUUUCUGAUUGUUACUUAAGGAUUUUCUUUCUGAGUAUAUCAUAUAAUUUAUUAAAUAGACUUGUAGACAUAGUCUUCAGAAGUCUAGGCCUACAAAUAAUCAGAAUCCAACUCACAGAUUUGGAGCAUUCAUUGUAUUAUUGAAUAUAAUCAAUCACAUUAAAUAUGUUAUUUGUAAAUGCAAUAUAUUACAUGUUUAUUAUCUCGGCCUGAUGUUUAAUUUGAUGUGAUUUAUUUGGCAAUUCCAAUGAAUGGUGAAUGACAUCCUCUGCUUUAAAAGAACUAACUCUCUCUCUCUCUCUCUCUCUCUCUCUCUCUCUCUCUCUCUCUCUCUCGUUAAUUUCUGUAAUUUCACAAUAUCUAAUUUUUGAGCAAUAUUCCUCAACUUUUAUUCACUGUACUGUUUUUGUAGCUGCCAACAGGUUUAAAUGUGAAUAGAUCUGUACAUUGCACUUUGCCCGAACUUUGUAACAAUUAUUCAUACCUGCCUGCAUCUCUUAUUUCUGUCUAUUUCUGAUGAUUUUGGAUGAUUGGAUGAAAUUGGAAAGUGAAAGUACUCUAAUGGUGCUCACAAAAUGAAUGGAGCACACAAAAGCUUUGCAGUUGACCAUUAGUCUUAGUUAAAAAUACAUACUAUAUGUAUCUAUCAAUUUAUAAAUAGUGUAUAUACAUAAGUGAUGGACAAAAUAAAAUGAUUUAUAAGCACGCACAUAAAGAGAAUUACUUAAAAUAAUCAAGAAGGUCCAUUUGAAAACAGGUGUUUCUUUAACUUCACAUACUUUUAGCACUGUUAAUUUCUAGAAAGUAAAGUCUCUUUAAAAAGUUUUACACACUCAAUAAAAUUUUUAUUUGUCUGCUAAAAAUGUCCAACCGUUUGUGUACUGUACAUACAUCACAGAAGAUUUGUCUUUUUCUGUAAAUCAUGAAAAUCACCCCUACAAUGUAAUUUCCACCACAUCUCAAAUUCUUUUUGUGUUUAAUAGAAUUCAAUGGCGAAAAUGACACUUUUUGCGUAAAUUGGCAAAAUUACAUAUUGAUUGGAAAUGACGCCAAAUAAAAGUACUCUGCUCACCAGUGAUAUUUACCUUGAACUUUUUUUUUAUUUUCUUCAAACAUCAUAUACAUCUCAUAUUUCAUCUUAAGCAUUCUCUUCACUGACAUUUUUGUUGAUUUGGUAAACACUAACUUUUGUAAAGAUAAAAAAAUACAUAUUAGGGAGAACAUUGUUUGGUGUGGGACAGACCUAAUUUUUGAAAAAACAAUAGAAAUAAUUUUCUCACAAAUAUUGAAACAGUUUGUUUAUUUAUUUUAGUAAUUUGAAUUUUUACAAUGGAUUUCUAUUGUUUAAUUUUAAAAGUCUGGGUCUGAGACAAGACUAAAACAGUACAAUCUAUACAAGUAUGACAAGUAUGAAAAAACAAUGAAUGUCUAGUAAAAAGGUUUUAAUUAAAAGUUGAAAUGUGUACAUUUUUAAUGAAAAUCAACCUGUGACAUUGGAAAUAUCCCGAAGUUAAAGGAACACCAAUUUAUAGAAUUCUUAACUUAACUGAAAUUAUUUUUUAAUUUGAAUUUAAAUGCAAGUUUUGCAGUACUUUGAAGCAACCACUUUGAAGCAAGCUGGAAUUAAUACAUUUUACUUAUUUUCCACGAGCUGGAUGAGAUGUGGUCUUUGCAAUAAAUAUUUCCAGGUUAUUUUACAAAGAAUGCUUUUUUUUUUUUUGGAGAAAUAAAAAAAGUCAUAUUUUUGUUGCCAGUGGAGAGGCCAGUGGAGAGGCUUCUAAAUAGGACCAACAAGCCUGUACUUCCAUUAAGCUAAUAUUUAUUUCCACUGAGCUAAAAGGCAAAAAAAAUAAAUAAAAUAAAAUAAAAUAAUCUUAAAAACUUUAAUUCUAGGUUAAAUCAAUGGUCUCUGGAUUUUGCUUAUAUAUAACCAAUACAUACUUUAUUAGGAUCUAUGUAGCAGGUGUCAUCUCAGUUAUACAUUUUUUAAGACUUAUGGCUUUCUAAAAGAU